UUUCUCUCAUAUGCAGGAUUCUCUAUGUGCCUUAACACGAGACUGCGGCAUUCCAGCAUUACGGAAAAGCAAGAAUGUGGAGAACUUCCUCUCAAGAUAUGAGCAGAAGGCAGGGGACAUCACAUCACAUCGGCUGUCAUAUCAAGACUUUAAAAUCAUCAAGGUCAUAGGAAGAGGUGCCUUUGGUGAAGUCAAAGUGGUUCGUGAGAAGACGAGUCAGAAGGUUUUUGCAAUGAAAUGUUUGAGUAAAUUUGAGAUGAUCAAGAGAUCUGAUUCAGCGUUUUACUGGGAGGAAAGGGACAUCAUGGCUCAUGCUAACAGUGAAUGGAUUGUACAGCUCCACUACGCCUUCCAAGAUGAGAAGUAUCUUUACAUGGUUAUGGAUUACAUGCCAGGAGGUGACUUGGUUAAUCUCAUGAGCAACUAUGAGAUCCCAGAGAAGUGGGCCAGGUUCUACACGGCCGAGGUGGUCCUGGCGCUAGACGCUAUCCAUUCUAUGGGCUUUAUACAUAGAGACGUGAAACCAGAUAACAUGUUAUUAGAUUCAUCAGGACAUCUCAAGUUAGCAGACUUUGGAACAUGUAUGAGGAUGGAAAGGGAUGGUAUGGUGCGUUCAGACACAGCAGUAGGUACACCAGAUUACAUCUCUCCUGAAGUUCUCAAGUCACAAGCUGGUAAUGGGCAGUAUGGAAGAGAAUGUGAUUGGUGGUCGGUAGGGGUAUUCAUCUAUGAAAUGCUUGUUGGUGAUACACCGUUCUAUGCUGAUUCCCUUGUGGGUACAUACAGCAAGAUCAUGGAUCAUAGAAACUCACUAGAGUUUCCCGAUGAUAUUUCAAUAACUGGCCCUGCCAAAGACCUUAUAUGCAAAUUUCUAACCGACAGAGACACAAGGUUAGGAAAGAAUGGUAUUGAGGAAAUCAAGCAACAUAGAUUUUUCAGGAAUGAUAUGUGGACAUAUGAAAAUAUUAGGAAUACUGUACCUCCGGUCGUACCUGAACUAGUCAGUGACGUGGACACCAGUAACUUUGAUGACAUUGAGGCAGAAAACCACCCCGAGGAGAGCUUUCAAUCGCCCAAGACAUUCGCUGGCAACAAUCUUCCAUUCAUCGGCUUCACUUACAACAAAUCAAAUAGAUUGUUUACAUCGAUAGAGGGUGGUAUAAAGGAGGCAGAUGGACAUGUAUCAACCCCCAAUGUUGGAGGCAGGGAAUAUGAAGAAAUGAAGAGGAAAAGUCACAGCCUGGAGAAGCAGCUGGAAGCUGAGAUGAGGAGAAAUAAAGACCUGGACCAGAAGAAUAAACACAUCGCUUCCAAAUUCGAUAGAAUUAAACAGGACCUGGAACUAGAGAACAAUGACAAGCUUCAUCUUGAGAAUAGACUGAUGGAAAAAGAGAGGGAUAUGGCUCAACUCAAACACAAACUCCAAGAGCUCCAAAGGCGAGCAGAGCAGGAGCAGGAGGGUCGUAAGAGGGUGGAGCGUCAGGUCUCCCACAUCACAGAUAUGGAGAGGGAGCUGAAGGAGCUGAAGCUCCGGUCUGAGAAGACCACUAUGCUGGAGAGACAGGUGGAGAACCUGAACAAACAGCUCCAGACGGAGGCCGACCAACAUGCGAGGGCCAAGAAAAUGUUUGGUGAUCAUCAAAAGAACUACGCCCAUCUGGAACAGGAGAUCCAUGACCUUCGAGACAAGUACACCAGGGAACUCAAUAACAAGAUGAUCCUAGACCAAGAGGUCAUUAGGAUGCAGACACAACUAGAGGAGGAACAACUCGGAAGAUCACGCAUGGAGGAUCUCAAAACAGAGCUAGAAAGGCAAAAUGUCCAGCUAACGACGGAGAUGAAUCGGUUGAAACAAGGAGAGAGUCGUUCCAUAGCAACUAUGCAGACCCAUCAAGAAAGCAUCAUUCUCCUAGAAAAGACUAAAGCCAGUUUAGAAUUCGAUCUGAAGGCAUUGCAGAAUAAACAUGAGCAAGUUGUAAAGGAACAUAGGGAUGCUAUGGCAGCAGUCAAUGCUGAGAAGAAGAGAAUUACAAGAUCACAAGAAGAAGAACUUCAGAAGACGGUGAUCCAAGAGAGGGAGAUGAGGAACCAGGUGGACAAACAAAAUUCUAUUCUUGAGCUGGACCUCAAGCAAGCACAGCAGAAGAUUGACAGGCUAGAAAAUAUGAUCAAGAUGGAAGAACAAAAGACAAAAGAGAAGAUGCUUCAACUUGAACAGGAGGAGCAGCGUCAUCGCUUCACUCAGAACGACCUGAAAGCUUCCAAACAGACGAGCAGUGGCUAUCAGACCGAUAUCAAGAGACUACGCAAUGAGCUCAACACUGUCAAGGAACAAAUAAAGAACUAUGAGGAUGCGCUGGAGAAAUCAAAGAGCAUUGCCUCUCUGAACGCCUCACAAAUCAGUGACCUUCAGGAGCAACUCGAAGCAGAACACACGUUCACUGCUUUGUACAAAAGUCAAAACCAGGUGUUGAAUGAAGAAUUAAUGGAAUCUAAGCAAGAAUAUCAGCAGCUGAAACAGGAUGUUCAUCAGUUGAGCAACGAAAAAGAAUCUUUGGCAGCUCAACUCGAGCUCACACUCACCAAAGCCGACUCCGAGCAGCUAGCUAGGAGCAUCGCUGAAGACCAGUAUACUGACCUUGAAAAAGAGAAGACAAUGGUAGAACUAGAAUAUAAAGAACAGAUCCAGAGACAAAAGUCUUCACUUAAUGACAAGAAUAGUCAUAUUAACAAGGAACUUGAGGAAGAGAAGAAUCAACUGAAUAACAGGAUAAUGACCCUCAACACCGAGAAGGAUGAACUGAACAAGAAACUAAAGGAUGCGGUUGAAGCACAAGAUGCACUGGAGACCAAGAACGCUGACCUGGAGAAACAGAUGGAGCACAACAAGAAGCUCUUUGCCGAAGAGAAGCUCAAGAAGGAGCAGGCCGUCAGCAAGCUGGCCGAGAUCAUGAGCCGACACGAGUUCACCAAGUCAAGGAAGGGUAAGAAGGUCAGUCAAGCCCAACUGAGCCAGAAAGAGAAAGAGUGCCGGAAGCUCCAGCAGGAGCUCAACCAGGAGAGGGAUAAAUACAGUCAGAUGGUCACCAAGUUUACCAAGGAGAAGGAAGAACUCACUGUGCAAUAUCAAGAUGAGUAUGUCAAGCAUUAUGAGCUCCAGCUUGAUUUGGACAGCCGAGACAGUGAGCUUGAACAACUCCAGCAGCAGAUUAAGAACCUUACAGCUUUACAGGCUUCUGAUAUUGGGAGUAUCAACAGUGCUGGCGAGGCCGAGAAUGGCCAGGGUGGUAGACUAGAGGGUUGGUUAUCUUUGCCCGGUAAGAACCUUCGCCGCCAUGGUUGGAAGAAACAUUUUGUUGAAGUGAGCUCGAAGAAGAUCCUUUUCUACGAAUCGGAGGAACAGAAGGAGAAAAAGAAGCCGUAUCUGGUGCUAGCAAUAGAUAAACUCUUCCAUGUGCGAGCUGUGACUCAGGGUGAUGUCAUCAGAGCCGAAGCGAGAGACAUCCCAAGAAUCUUCCAACUACUCUAUGCAGGGGAGGGAGAGAACAGGAGGGUCGUCCCUGACGAAGCAAAUGAAAAUCCAGAGGGAGACGAGGAUGGCACUAUUGUACACAAGAAUCAUAAGUUUACUAUUGUCCAUUACCACAUGCCUACCACGUGUGAGUGCUGUGGUAAAACCCUCAGUCAUCUCGUCAGGCCUCCACCUUCUUUGGAAUGUAAAUUAUGUCGCUUAAAAGUACACAAGGAACAUUAUGACAAGCAAGAAGAAUUUUGCCCUCCAUGUAAAGUUAACAUCGAUGCAGAGACAGCCAAGCAUAUGUUACUCAUGGCCAACUCCAAAGAGGAACAACAAAGGUGGAUCAGUAAACUUGCGAAACAGAUUCAAGAUAAACGAGUGUCAUUGCCAAGAACUUCAUCUAUUGGCUCCUCUCCAAGGAAUGUUGUGGUACAGAACCGUCGUGUCAGUCAACCUGCUCGCGUCACUUCUUCUUCAAGCAUGAACAGAGGGAGGUAGCCACGCCCAUCUCAUGUCACAUGACUACACCAUGUGACAGAGCAUUUUUUUGUGAGCGAGCAACAGGAAAUGAACUAUGACCUGGUGAUUUGCAUGCCAGUGAGACAGGGUUUCAAGUGAUGACUUGUUGGGAGAAGCAGUUCUUUAUCACCAAGGGAUACCUUUCCUUUCAUGUUGUUGAUUCUGGUUACAUCAGAGUGGUCAAGGUUAUCACCGUACAGCAUCUGCCACUGAAGAUAUCGCUCAAAGGACAGUAUUCGUUGGACCAGACUGUGGAAGAAUCUUCCUGUUCGCAGAUUUCUGCUCUGAGAUCUGCAUCCCAGGUCUAAGUUCUAUCAAUGAUUGUUCUUUAGUGUCUUGAGAAUGCCCAUCGUGGACUUGUCAUGUUAUUGACAUAAUGGAUUCUUCAUUAUUCUUUCAGCGCACCUUCGACUGGCUGAGCGAGGGCAUCUGUCAAGUCAAGUUACCAUUGCCAAAGCAUUCUCUGUUGCUGCACACAACGGUAACAAGAUGCACUAGUUUCUGUGUGUGUGUUAAGCUUGCAAUCUUUGAGAAACUAAACUGUCCUCUGUUAGAUCUACAUGUAAAAGCUUGCAAAUGUAUAUCAGUACAGAGCAUGUUGGUUAAAAAUGCUCCCUCUUUCACUCACAUUUGCUUGUCACUAUAGACAAUGUUGCAUGCAUUUUCUGGAAAAAAAAUAGAUGAACUAUCUUCUGAACAUUAGUGCCUUGAAUUAUACAGUCAACACUGUUGAUGAAGUCAUUUAUGGGAUAUUAGAAAAUGGUCAUUAAUGGCAGAAGUCUAAAUUAAAUAGGGUCUAUGGCACUUGUUGAGUGACUACUGUUCAAAUUGGUCAACCCAUUGACUACUAGAGUCUGUAAUACCUACAGGCUUUAAUUAGGACAUUUCUGUUCCAGUAGGCAAGGUGGUAACUGUGAGUUACUAGGUAGGUUUCUUUGUAUGUCUUUGGUCUAUGUUGAAUGUAGAUCCAACCAGUUUUAUAUCUUUGUAAUGAUACAUGGAUCUUUUGUGUCCAUUAUUAAUAUCCUAUUUAAAUCCCCCGAUCAUCUGAUGUAUCAUGUGCAUCUUCCCUGCACAGAUGUGUUCAUGCUAGAACCCUUUAACAGAGAGAUAUCCCGACAUUCAUCUCAAUUGGAGUUUGAAUUAAAAGACCACUUUUUUCUUUCUUUUCUCUUUUUUUUGUUUGCCUCAGUGACAAGAUCUUUUAUCUCAAUUUUCAAGGGAUUUCUUUAAUCAUAAAUGUAGAGGCAGUCUCUGAUUUGAUUUCCUGAAAUUAUAACUUAAUUGUUUUUGUCAAUUUGAAGAGAGAGAACAAAUAAAUUUAAAUCUUAGGAAAGGAUUGUACCUCUAUAAGUUAUAUAUAAACUCGUUAUUUUUAAGGAAAAAAAGCCCCGACAUCAUGAUGAUACAGGGUAAACUGCUUCAUUGAAUGCAGUUUUGUAGCCGCCAUGUUUCUUUGUUCUUUAUUCACUUGCCAGAUCAUAAUUUUUUUUCAGGGUUCAAAAUUUUGCUCCCCGAGAAACAAUACAACAUUACACAACCAAUUGAUUAUUUACAUUUUAUCAUUUGGAAAGGGAUUUACUCUCUACUUUGAUAUAAGGAAAUGAUUGAUGUAUGGUACCAUGAUAUUCAUUGAUAUUCCUUAUGUAAGGAUAUUCCUCUUCCUGGCCUGGCCAAAUUGUAUUCAUGAAUAAUCAUCAACUAUUCUAGAAAUAUGAUAUUUCUUUGAUUUAUGUCCAAAUGACAUACACAUUUUAUCCCGUUCACCAAAAAAAAACUAAUUUGGGUCUAUUUUGUGAUUACACAGAAAAAUUGUGAUCAUAACAUUCAUUUUAGAAUAUUUAUGUUAAGCAGUCUUCUCUUAUUAAAAUUCUAGCAUAAUGCCCUGCACCGUUAUUACCGAGUGUAAAUUCAAUUGCAUGGGAUAUUGCACAAAGUGUGUGGAAAUGAAUUAUCAUUAUUGCAUGAAUUGGACAGAAAUUUAGUUGAUUUUCAUUCAUCUCAAAUGAAAUGAGAUUUAUUUCAUUUUAUAAUUAUAUCAUUGAUUUGAGUAAAAAGUCGUUUUAUGAAGUAGGUUUAUAAGGCUCAGGCCUCCUGCCUUGGUUCAAAUCAGUGGCAACUUUAAGAUUGAUCACAAGCGUCACCCCCUUCUCUCACUUCUAAAUUAAGAUCAAUUUAUACAAAGUUCUGAUUGAUUGAUUUGAAUUCAAUGCAACUCUGUAAAAAUCAGGGAGCUAGUUUCACAAAGCCUAGUGAUUGGUCAUACCACUGAUCAUUAAAUUGAAUGCAUUGAACAAGAUGCUUAAUCAAUCAUGAAAAUCAAUCAUAUGAUCAAUUGAGCGCUUUGUGUAAUUGGCCUCUGGUUAAUGUAAAGGUGUAGGCCUAGUGAUUAUUGGUUAAUGAAAGGGAUGGAUAAAAUCAAUGGGAAUUAAAGGAUAAUGUUUAAUUCUUGGAUUAUCAUGUUAAUGUACCUAAAUCUUUUGAACCUAAUAAUUCAUGUUGGUUUAAAGGUUAAACGUAUAGGAAACAUUUUUAUCAUAAAGAUUAGAUCCUCGAUCUGUAGCCAAAAGAUUGUUCGAUUCCAUUUCUGCAUGUUUACAGAAGGAAAAAUAAUCUGUAUAUUCUAACUGCAUGUGAGCAGUAGUACUCCGAUUCACCGAAGAUGCUCAAAAUGAAUUUUUACGAGAGAAAAUUAGUUUAAGCACAAAACUAAACAUUCCUCCUUUUUCGAGAGUACCUGUCUGGCAUGAUUGUUGUCAUAUCUGUAAGUUACAUCUCAGAUGUGCAUGUACAUGUACCUAUUUCACUAGCCAUCUAUAAACAGAAUUGAAUCAAUUCAUGGUUGCCUUUAUACUGCCUUGGUCAAGUUCUGUCUUUAAAUUGGUUCUACUCCUAUUUGUUUAUCCAUCUCUUUGAUUAACCAAAUAAAUUUCAUCGUUGGAAAUGGACUUUUUGUAGUCUAGCAUUUAUUCAUGAGAAAAAUUUAUCAAAUUUUGUGUCUUGAUAUAAACCAGUACUGAUACUUCUCUCUUAAAUAUUGAUUUUUUGAUGUACAUGUACUAUAGACUUUUAUUGUAGGCCAGUCCUGUGUAUGUAUUGUCAUGUUAGUUAUUAUCAAUCAAGCUGUGUUAGAUGAUUCGUCCUUUGAUUGUGUAACAUCUCCAUAAAAUCUUACAGAUAUGAUUUGGUGGAUUCAUGUAGGCAUUCUAUCCUGAAAUACAUGUGGAGUAGUAGUUUGAUUGGUUAGUUGAAAGUAAAGAAAGAAUGUUUGUUCUUUAUAGAUCGUGAUUUUAAAAAUCUUAUUCCUGUCUUUCCUGAUUAAAACAAAGGAAUUCUCCGAUAAAAUAUUGUUAUACAGUAUGAAUGAGAUGGACUUCAUGUUGUAUGCAAAACCUUGGGAGUUGGAAGUCUUGAGAAUGAAUUAAAUCUGUGGAGCAAAUAAUGUUGGAGACCUGAAACUUCCUUUGAUAUUUCUCUCGCUAUGAAAGCAGAGGAAUAAUCAUGUGUAAAUUCAGGAAAUAUUUACUAUGUCUACAUGUAUAUAACAAGCUCAAAGACAGAAUUAUAUACCCACUCUGUGAGUGGAUGAUUAUGCUGAUUUCAUCCCAAGCAAAGACAGUCAUCAGGAAACGUCUUUUGAUGGUGGGACUUCAUAUUUUUUUUCUUUUCAUUUGAAAUCACUUUAAAAUCAUGCUAUCUUUUGAUUGCUUAAUUUCCGUAUCUUCCUGUGUUUGUAAAAAAGAAAUGCUGUUGGUGAAAUCAUUUUUGUGUAUCAUGUCUUUCAUGAGUGUACAUACAUACUCUAUUUCUUAAAUAAAUGCCAAAUUAGGAACUUCCAUGGAAAAGAAAUUUGGACCCAUUUACACAGGCUUGGUGAUUGAUGGUAUAGCAGAUUUGUAUGAUUGAUUGAUAUGAUUGUAUUGCAAUCAAUUCUGACAUUCAACUUACAAGUUACAACCAAUUACUAAACUUUUUAUGGGGAUUCAUAACAUAUGGACAAUUCCAUGAAAUAUGUACGUCCGACCCCAUGUAUGCGAGACCUUUAUGAAAUCUUCUGUCUCUGAUUUCUGGUUCUUAUGACAGUCUGUAAUGCUGUCAAAUGACCAUGAUUUAGUCAGUUAACAAAGUGAAGUAAAACCCGAGGAAAAAUGGGGGUCGGAUGUACAAAAAAGUUUUUUUUAUUUUACAGAACUGCCCAUAUAGUUAGUACAAUCUUUACAGGAUUUAAUUUGUUUGGAGGGAUUGCUUUGAUCACACAAUCAAUUCCUAAUUCAUCUCAUAAUCCACUCUCAAUCAUUUGGUUUUUGUUAACCAUUUCUUUGUCCCAUUUUCAGUUAACCAUAUUUGAAUGUUUAUUUUGCAUGCAAGGUGGUUUUGUGAAGUAUAUUCCCUGCAUGUUUUUGUAGA